UCUCACUUUCUCAAGGUCAUUUCGGGAAUCGCGUGCACCUCGUGCGCGUGACUAAACAGGAAAGCGAGGGAGAGCCAUGGGUGAGGGUUAGGCUCGUGAAUUGUGCCCGGCUCGCAGAAGCCUGUAACGGUUCUGCGUCCGCUCUAUCGGAGCAGCAGGCGGAGCAUCUUCUCGCUUCCCGGUGAUUCGUGCCAGUUUAGUGGUACGCGGACAUCCGGACGAAUUCGUCGCAGCCUCCAGCUCCACGUAGUUCACUCGAAUAGAUAUUCCCGAGAUAAUUAUUUCGUAGUUAUUCGAAAUUUGGGCGUAGCCGCGAGGAACGAGAGCGAUGAGCUACUAUGGAGGUUAUGGAGGUUACGGAGGCUACGGAGGCGACGGAAGUGGCGCCGAGGAGGAUGUGUUUGUUAAAACGGCGGUCGAGAUCAAGCGAUUCCUACCGUCGCUCUUCAAUAUCAAAGUGUUGGGGGAGAAAGGGUCCGGCCUGAGGCCACGAGGAGCGGUCCAAGAUUUCAACACGCUGAGACGAGAAUGCCUGGCGACUGGACGGCUCUUCGAAGAUCCCGAAUUUCCGGCCAACGACUCGUCGUUAUACUUUUCUCGCAGACCAGACAGAUACAUAGAAUGGAAGCGACCAAUGGAAAUCGCGGACAACCCUCAACUUUUCGUGGAAGGCUUCUCGAGAUUCGACGUUCAACAGGGAGAGCUCGGAGAUUGCUGGCUGCUGGCAGCCGUGGCGAAUUUGACUAUGCACCCAAAUUUGUUCUUUCAAGUAAUGCCAGAAGAUCAGAGUUUCGACGAAAAUUACGCUGGAAUCUUUCAUUUCAGGUUUUGGCAGUACGGCAGAUGGAUCGACGUAGUAAUCGAUGACCGAUUGCCCACUUGCCGCGGUGAAUUGGUGUAUCUACAUUCCGCCGAGAACAACGAAUUUUGGAGCGCUCUUCUCGAGAAGGCGUAUGCGAAACUUCAUGGUUCCUACGAGGCGUUAAAAGGCGGCACAACCUGUGAGGCUAUGGAGGACUUCACCGGUGGAGUAACGGAAAUGUAUCAAAUGGACCAAACGCCACCAAACUUAUUCAAUAUAUUGUUAAAAGCUUUCGAGAGGAACUCGUUACUAGGUUGUUCCAUUGAGCCUGAUCCUAACAUAGUGGAGGCUGAAACACCUCAAGGAUUGAUACGCGGUCACGCAUACAGCAUCACGCUCGUAAAACACGUGGAAAUCGAAACACCGAAUCAACGUGGUACUAUACCUCUAUUGAGGCUUCGGAAUCCUUGGGGAAACGAAGCGGAAUGGAAUGGGCCUUGGAGCGAUCAAUCACCAGAAUGGAGAUUCAUUCCUGAUCAUGAGAAAGAGGAGCUCGGCCUGACCUUCGAUAUGGACGGCGAGUUUUGGAUGUCGUUCCAUGAUUUCACACGUCACUUUACUCAACUCGAGAUAUGUAACUUGAAUCCAGAUUCCUUAACGACGGACGAUAUCAGUGCCGGGAAGAAACGCUGGGAAAUGAGUGUGUUCGAAGGGGAAUGGGUGCGCGGAGUAACCGCGGGCGGUUGCAGAAACUUCUUAGAGACCUUCUGGCACAACCCGCAAUAUCGUAUCACAUUGGAGUAUCCGGAUGACGACGAUGACAAAUGUACGGUAAUCAUCGCUUUGAUGCAGAAGAACAGGAGGGCGCAAAGAAGAAUGGGUGCUGAUUGCCUCACUAUCGGAUUCGCGAUAUAUCAUUUGGACUAUCCAGAGAGAUUGCCAAAACCAUUAGACAUGAACUUCUUCAAGUACAACGCGUCUGUUGGACGUUCACCGGCAUUUAUAAAUUUACGAGAGGUUACAUGCCGUUUCAAAUUACCUCCGGGUAUUUACUGCAUAGUUCCAAGUACUUUUGACCCGAAUGAGGAAGGUGAAUUUUUACUGAGAAUCUUCUCUGAGAAUAAAAAUAAUAUGGAAGAAAAUGACGAGGAAGUCGGUAUUGGAGAAGUCGAUGAUAGGAUAAUUAAUCCUACCGGUGAUAAAAAUGACCAGAAUGGAGAUAAUGUUCGUGAAGAACCUGAACAGGAUCGCAAUAACGAGAAAGUCCGAGAAUUCUUUAAAAAACUUGCUGGCGACGACAUGGAAGUGGACUGGACGGAACUCAAAGAUAUCUUAGAUUUCGCCAUGAGGAAAGAGCUACCGCAGUUGGCGCAUCAUAGCGAGGCACAUGCUCCCGAAACUGUUGAAGGAAACAGUUCGUUUGUCGACACUCUCAUCUCACUGCUGUGCGGCAUUGUUUGUAAUAAUGAACAGUACAAUAAGCCCGUAGAGACUCAUGAUCAAGGAUUCAGCAAAGAUAUAUGUCGCAGUAUGGUCGCUAUGCUGGACGCGGAUCAUUCUGGCAAACUCGGUUUUGAAGAAUUCAAAAUGUUGUGGAACGAUAUUAGGAAGUGGAGGGCUGUCUUCAAACUGUACGAUAGAGAUGAGUCAGGCUUUCUAAAUGCAUUUGAAUUAAGACAAGCGUUAAACAGCGCGGGAUACCGUUUGAACAAUCAUAUUCUUAAUAUAUUGGUUCAUCGUUAUGGUACCAAAGAUGGCAGAAUUACUUUCGAUGACUACAUAAUGUGUGCAGUUAAGCUUAAAACAAUGAUUGAUAUUUUUAGAGAACGAGAUCCAGAUCAAACUCACACCGCUACAUUCACAAUGGAAGAGUGGAUAGAAAAAACACUUUAUUCCUAAUGAAAUAUGAAUUAAUAUUUGUAAUAAUUUUUUACUUCGAAUUUGAGAAUCUUUCUAGUACUAGUGUGAUGAUAAACGGUCGUAAUUAUGAACAAGAAGUAUAUUUUUAUGGAAAAAGAAAGUUAACUUUUAAGAUAUUAUAUGAGUUAACGUGCAUUAAUAUAUACGCGAGGCCUGUUAACUUUUAUUUCUUUGACGUUAUUGCACACGAAAAAUAUGAUAUCUCUACAAUAUAAAUUUAAGUGGAAAGAAGAAUUAUCUUUAUAUACAAAUAUAUAUAAAUAUUCAAUCUGUAAUAAUUAUAUAUGUAAAAUGAUAUUAUGUGCCUUAACAUACUUUAAGCGACCGCAGCAUUAAUUACUAAAAUUUACUGUAAAAAUAUAUAUAAUUUAUUGGAAUAUAUAAUGUACGUGUGUGUUAUCAGUUAGUCCAUGGAGAGCGAGACGCGGGGGAAGAUUUACAAGUUUUUAAUUCGAUUAUAGAAAACAAUAAUUCAAUCAUAUUAAUUUCCAUUUUUUUAUAUUUUAUAAAAUUUACUAACAUAAAAACGAAAAAAAGAAAUGAAGAAUGCACGUGAAUGUAUACGGUUGAACGUUGGAGAAUACAAUACAAUCGCGUAAUUAUAUUUUUUAUUGAUAUUUAAUUAUAUCCUAUACAUUGAAUAAAUCAAGUUCGUACUUAAA